AUGCGGAGCGGCGCUUCAGUCAUUCACCCGCACGAUCCGUCCUCGCGCUCACCGGGCAACUACGGCCAAGUCAUGGCAGAGAGGAGCCGAGGAAAGCGGAGGAAACAGGCGAACCCGCGGAGAAACCAAGGUGAGCCGGAGCGCUGUCUGGGCUCUGAAGGCGAGGAUGAGGGCAGCGUUUGGGGGAUGGAGGUUCUGGACAGCAGAGAUGCUCAGGAUAAAGUCAGUCUGACGCCCAGCGAGGGCACGGAGCCCGGCAGUCCCGUACCGUGUGCGGAGAGCUGGGCCGACACCGAAACCACACCGCUGAAAAUCACAGCCGCAGACCCUGAGCACUGUCAGACUGAUGCUCGUGUGAUGGACGGCCCGAUUCACGCACAACAGCGCAACGGAUCCGUGAACUCGUACCAUUUAGACUGCGCUCAGGGCGACAUGUCGCCCGUCUGCUGGUCACCAGGAGAAUACGAGUCACCCGAGGGCAAAGACGGUGGAGCCUUGAACCCUGACGUCUCUGUCAUGUCUCUGCGGGAACAUGUGAAGUUCUGUCAGGACAGGGAUGGAGGAGACAGCGUGUGUCCUCUGUGUGGAUACAGUACGCCGUACCGCGCUCAGAUGGAGCACCACUUAACCCUCCACAGCCAGACUCACCAGAAGAGCUCCAUGUCUGAGUCCGGUCUGGAGAACAGGAAGUUCAAGUGUAAUCAGUGUGGAAAGGCCUUUAAAUACAAGCAUCACCUCAAAGAGCACCUGCGCAUUCACAGCGGUGAGAAGCCGUACGAAUGCUCGAACUGUAAGAAGCGUUUCAGUCACUCGGGCUCCUACAGCUCACACCUCAGCAGCAAGAAGUGCCUAAGCGGUGCUCAUUAUAACGGCCACGCCCAUCCCGCGUACCUCUUCCCGUCGUCCACGUCGCCCCCUGCUGUCGGCGGGAGGAACAGCAGCCGAGGGAAGGGAUCUCCGUACGGGCCGCUGGAGUCGUCCGUUCCCGUCCUGAGCCGCUCGUGGGACCCGGCAGAGGAUCUGGCGCUGAGGGCGGGCGUGUUUAAAGGCACCACGCUGCUGCCGCUACUGCAGUCGCGCAGCAAAUUCGAACACCUGCUGCAGGAGAUGCUGCGGAGGGAGGUGAGAGACGAGAAACAAGCGAAAAACGAAAACAACUCUCAGGCGUACGACACCCAGACGUCGCCCACCGCCAAUCACGCCCCCUAUAGACAGCUGUCGUCGCCGCAGCGGGCGUCUUGGCAUUCUGUGCCGCAGCAGAUCCUCGUGCCUUUACCGACACCAGCGCAGCUGGAUAACCGCUGGCCGAGUGAAGAAAGCGCAAGUCCGAGAAAACCAACGUCACCCGCUUUACCCGAACGCCAGCAUCUUAUUGGCUCGCGCUUCGGCUCUCCUCCCGGCCUGGACCUGUCAAUCAACACAUCGCCACGGCAACCAAACCACAUCCAGAGCGAACCUUUAGACUUGUCUAUUCCCAAACUGCAUUCAGUCUCCGGUGCACCGCGAAACCUGGCGUUUAACGGCUACUCGCCGCAUCACGACAGACGCGACGGCGUGUUUAAGAGACUGACUCCGCCCUCCCAGCAACAGGUGGGCGGGGCUUAUGCAGCAUCGCCGCUGUUCGGCAGCACAGUGUUCAGCAGCUUCCCGCUCUUCAAUCACAUGAUCCCCGUCGGUCUGGGACACAACGGUCUGACAUCACUUCCUCUCACGCCACCCGCGCUCAGUCCGGGCUUCCUGUCUCCAGUGGCGUAUAUGGUGGAGGCGGAGUCAGAAUCCAUUCUGAAGAGAAUACAACACGAAAAACAUUCGAUCAUGGCUGAAGCGCUGAGUCGCGGCGGUCUGGAGUAUCUGUCUCUGAUGGAUGAUGGGAUUGAUGGAGAGAUCAGUUCUGGGAGGAAGAGGCUGAAGAAGACGGAGGAAGGACUGUACGCCUGCGACAUCUGCGACAAAACCUUCCAGAAGAGCAGCUCUCUGCUGCGCCAUAAAUAUGAGCACACAGGGAAGAGACCUCAUGAGUGUCAGAUCUGUAAGAAGGCCUUCAAACACAAGCAUCAUCUGAUCGAGCACAGCCGCCUGCACUCCGGAGAGAAGCCGUAUCGGUGCGACAAGUGCGGCAAGCGCUUCUCACACUCGGGCUCGUACUCGCAGCACAUGAACCACCGCUACGCCUUCUGCAGCCGCGACAGCGAGGCUCCCGCUUCAGCGCUGGAGGACAGCGGCGCGUAUCUGAGCGACUCCAGCACGGAGGGAGCGGCGCUGGAGCUCAGAGACGAGGAGGACGAGGACGCACUCAGCAGCCGCGCUUAUGAUGGAGGCGUGAGGACGGAGCGAGUUUCCUUGCAGCUGAAGGACAAACCCACAGACGGAAACCAGCAGCAGGAGAGUCCCGAAGGACUCGUGUUUACCAAAGAUGUGAAACUGACUCGUCCUCUUUAGCGCUCAAACUGUGACUGUGAACAAAGUUUUCAGCCCAAAACACGCGUUUCUCCAAAGACUUGAUUCAGCAUUCAGCGUAAUCCAGAGCUUCCCUCGCUGUGAGAGGCACAAAUGAUCUGCAACGCUACCAGAUUAAUACAUAAAUAUACUAAAUAAAUUAAUAAAUGCCAACAAUCUCAGAAAAC